AUGGACUCUUCCAACUCUCCUACAUCCUCCUCAUCGUCAUCUUCCGCUCCUAUCCAACCCUUGCGUAACCCCAAAUACCGCCAUGUCUCCAAAUCAGCUGCCAAACGGGAAUCCGUCCAGAUGCUCGGAUCCAUCAAGGACCUUCAGCUGCACUUCUCCCGCGCUGGGAUGGUAGAAUAUCGUCCAGGUGCUGGCGUAGGGGUGAAAGGUAUUUCUCUGUCAUCUUUAGGUGAAGAAGCAGAAGGCGAAGAAAAUAGACCUCCAUCAGCUUUGGGUCAAAGUAGGAGAUCAUCAGAUAGAAAACCCUACAAGGAAGUGGAGUUGCCCAGGAUAGAUCCGGAGGAUGCAAGGAGAGAAGCGAAGGAUAUAAUUAACGAUGUAAGAGGAAUAUGGGGCUUGUCUUUACCUGUACCUAUCUCACCCAAUUCAGCUACAACAUCAGGAUUACCAUCAAGUAAAAGUUUGUAUUUCCCAGUCAACUUUGACGAUGAAGAUCUCGGAGGAAGAGGAGAGAUGAGAACUUCAGAAGAUAUUCAAAAUGCUUUGGUACGGACCGCUCAAUCAAUCAGACGAAUAAGGUUCUUAGCUUUAUCUAUAUCUCAUCAACAUAAUAGCGUCAGAAAAGUAUCAGGAGGAUCGCAAGCAUCAAGUUUGUUUCCUAGUAGACUGGGUGGGGCAGGUAAACUUCGAUCGAGUCUUUCCACCCCUUCAAGACCCAGUACUAGCAAACCUCUAAGAACGAUCUCCAAUCCAAAUACAGCCAACGAAAGAAACAGUUUAGGUAUAUUAGACGAAAGGGAAGAUACAUUAGGAGAAUUGAGAAAAGCUGCAUUGGAAGUUUUGACUUGUCUGAGAGAAUUGGAGGAAAGGUUGAGAGUAUCGAGAGAAGAAGAUCGAGUUCAGACGCCCACACAAGAGAGGCCAUUCUCGUCAAAUAGUGAAGAACAAGAGCAAGAAGUGUUUUCUGAGCCGGAUAAUUAUGAUUCGGAGGAAGACGAGUUGUAUAACCCUAAUAACCUAGCUAUGAACUCUGAGGACAAGAGUACGAUGACGAAUUGGGAAGAUAGGAUAUUAUCGGAAAGAAGGGAGUACAAAGAUUUGAAUGAUAAUGACUGGGAGAAAGAGGCGAGGAAUACAAGGGAGAAUAUGGGUAAAUGGGUAGGGAUAGUGGAGAGACUGUUUGUAUUUGUUGAUGAAUCAGAUGGACAGGAUGGUGGACAAGGACUGGAAAAUUGGGCGAGAGAUGAAGAUUGGCAGAACAAGGGAUUAGAACAACUCCACGCUUUUUUGAUUUCAAAUCUACCACUCGAUUUGGCAUUGAGAUUACCAUCUACUCACUCUGACGACUUCGAAUCUAGCUUGUUAUCAAGAUUAUCUGAUGGAUAUAUCCUGAUAGACGCAUACAAUUCGUCAUUAAUGAAAUCAUCCAAACCAUGGGGGUUCAUACCCGAUGGCGAUGUUCAUGAUACACUCACAUCGCUUUCGAUUAGCGGUCAAGUGUCUCCAUCGAAAAUUGCAUCGUCAUCGUCGGAAGAAGGUAAAAAAGAGAAAGAAUGGACGUUUAGGAAGGUUGGGAAUCUGACUUGUUUCGGAGCGGCCCUGAGACAUCGAUACCAACUCCCCAUUUCUAUGCCAACCACAUCCACCAACUUACCUUUACCCCCCGUCGCUCCCAAGUCAUCUCUACGCCGUCCCAGACCGUCUAUUGUUACUUCAUCAUCUACCACAGCAGCAGAAGAACGAAUCGAGUUCGAUCCCAUGAUCGUAGCUAAGAAGGGUCAAGGGUGGGACAUAAUGCUCAAAGGGUUGAUCGAAAGGUGGCUGAGUGAGUUGGUGAAGGAAGUAAGGGAAAGUAAAAGUCAUUUGUUUAUACCAGAGGAUGAGGCAGGGAGGAGGGCUGAGAGAGGUGGGAUGAUUUAG